AUGGCACCCGCUGUGGCAUAUCCUUAUUUAAUCUCCAAGUUCGGCGAUCCUUUAUUCGCCCUGUUCAUUGGCACUUCAGCUGCCUAUGUCCGAAUUCGUCGUGAACACCGAGAGAAGCAUCCUGAUGCGCCCAGCGACAUGCUCUCUAUACUAAGUUUGGGCAAGGGGAGAGUGGUGAGGUGGUGGAAUGGAUGGCAGUAA